AUGGAGCUUUUCAAUGUUUUCAUGGCCACAAUCUUUAUGAUCUUUAUACCUUUUUCCAGUGCUGCUAAUUCAAAUCUUUUUCGGGAGUAUAUUGGGGCUGAAUCUGAUUCGGUUAAGUUAUCAGACAUGCCAAUAAACAAUAAAGUUGAAGUCCAUUUCAUCCUAGCAUUCGCAAUCGACUACACUUCAGAUGAUAACCCAUCUCCAACCAAUGGCAAGUUUAAUGUUUUCUGGGAAACCAAUCAUUUGGGUCCUUCAGAAAUAGCAUCCAUUAAAGCCAAGAACAAAAAUGUUAAAGUGGCAGUUAGUUUGGGUGGCGAUAGCGUUGUUCAUGAUAAUAACAAGGCUUACUUUUCUCCAAAAAGCAUUGAUUCGUGGGUUCAAAAUGCAGUUUCUUCAUUAACUAGCAUGAUCAAGCAAUACAAUUUGGAUGGUAUUGAUAUCGAUUAUGAACACUUCAGGUCAAAUCAAGAUGACCAAAUUUUUGUGGAAUGUAUUGGACGCCUUAUAACAGUUCUUAAGAAAAACCGGGUCAUCAAAUUUGCCUCUAUUGCUCCCUAUGAAGAUAACGGGCCAGUUCAAAGUCAUUACACGGCUUUAUGGAAGAAAUAUAAAAAUGUUAUCGAUUAUGUUAAUUUCCAGUUUUAUGCAUAUGAUAAGCUUAGUGUCUCGCAGUUUGUGAGUCAUUUUAAUCAUCAGCAAGCUUCAAGUUACGCAGGUGGUCAGCUUCUAGCGAGUUUCAUAACCAAGGGUAACUUAGGCUUGCGUCCUGAGGAUGGAUUCUUUGAGGCCUGCAAACAGUUAAAGAGACAAGGUAAGCUUGGAGGCAUAUUUGUUUGGUGUGCUGAUGAAUCUAAAGAUUUCGGUUUCAAAUAUGAAAAGGCAUCUCAGGCCUUGUUGGCGGCGUGA